CCACUUAAAUCCUCAUGCUCAUCAAUUCACAACUGCAAAUUUUGCUUACGCUAGGCUUUCAAAUCUUAUCAAUCAUGCUGAAAACAAUGGAACUCACUUUAUUCCUUAUUUUCUUAUUGGGUGCAGUUAGUAUGGGUGGUGCCCAUGGUGGUAGGAAACAGCUGACCUCUUCCGAGAGCGAGGACUCUAAUGGUGCUAGUGGGGCAGCCCAUGGACCUAACUGGGACUAUAGUUGGGGAUGGGGAUCAAGCCCUGGAAGUGGAUGGGGUUAUGGUUCAGGCUCGGCUAGGUCACCUGUUGGGUUUGGAAAGGGUUAUGGAUUUGGGUUCGGGUUCGGGUCUGGGUCUGGGUCAGGGUCGGGUUCCGGGUAUGGUUAUGGGACAGGAGAUGACGGUGCUCAUGGUGGUGGCUAUGGAGCUGGAAGCGGAGAAGGCAACUCUGGCGGCAGCGGCUCCAGUGAUGGUUCAAGCACAAGCUGGUUCUCAAAUAAAAAAGACCGGCAUGGUUAAAGGAAUUUGUAAGUGUAUGAUGAGUAUGUAUUAUAAAUACAGGGUGUCUAUAUAGCUUUGAGUCUGCUAAGUACAAUAUUACAAUGUUAGUUUUAUAAGCUAUAAAUGCCAUCUUUAUUUUGUACUGGUUAUAUAAAUAUAUACUAUUGUCUUGAUAAUUCGUUUCA